UUACCCAGCAGCUCUUGUGGCCGUGUUUGGGAGGUGCGCCAGGAAAAAUUGUAAAGUUUCUGCGAUAAAAAGGUUACCGCAACACCACGGUAUUUCCCCCCACGACAUAAAGGUAGUACACCGCGAAGGACACAACAUCCGUCUCCGGGGUUCGCUCACCAGUGGAAUCUUAGUGCAGCUCCGGUGGACAAACCCUGAGGCGGGUACGGUGAUACGGGGGCAAUGUCCGGCCAUCAGUACGUACCGAACCCAGCGAAUCUGUUCACCGACGAGGACGAAAUCGACGAUGAGCUGUUCCUGAGAAACGCCCCCCGAGGUGGUGGUGGUGGCCGUGCUGACCCGUACCUGCCAGCCGACGAUAAGUAUGGUGGUGUGACGAAGGUCGGUUCCACGUACACCCGGCCCGAUGUGCUGGGGCCCGCGGCCGGUUUCGACGUGUCCGGUGGCCUGACGUACGCCGGCGGUGCCAGUGUCGGUGGUAGCCUCGUUAGUGUUGGCCCCGGGGGCUACGUAAUGGACGCUCCGGUGUACGGUCCUGGUGGUUACGCGGUGGGUGGUGCGAUUCCGGGCAAAACGAUCGUGUACGGUGGUGGCAGUGCGGCCAACAUGGUGUACGACAGUCCGGGCGAUGACGACGAAAUCGAGCACCAACGGCAAACGUUCGAGCAACGGCGCCGGGAACUGGAGGAGAGUACCCUCAUCACGUCGCAACGCUGCCUGGGGGUGCUGCGAGAAACGGAACAGGUGGGCAUUGCGACGGCCGAGGAGCUGCACCGACAGCGGGAGCAACUGGAAAAGACGAAGAAGCAGCUGGACGAGAUCAACAACUCGCUCCGAUUCAGCCAGAAGCAUCUGAACAGCUUGAAGAGCGUUUUCGGUGGACUGAAAAACUAUCUCUCCGGGCGGAUGGUGGCCGGCGGUGGCGGCGGGAGUGGCGGUGGCUCGAUCGCCGGCGGGUCGAUCGCGGGGGGUGCCGGAAUUCCUCGCCAGAACAUAUCAUCCCCGACGCCGACCGAGGAAGAGGAUCUGUACCCGAACCCGCAAGACUUCCGGAUUGCCGACCCGUACUGGCGGGCGGACCAGUCGCCCAUCCCGCCGCCCUCGAUCCACCAUCCGCAGCACGGCCAGCAACAUCAUCACCACCACCAUCAACAGCAUCAACAGCAGCAGCAGCAACAGCAGCAGCAACAGCAACACAUGGCCAACGGAGGCAGCGGUGGUGGCGCGGGCUUCAGCCAUCAACUGGACCAAAACCUAGACGAGAUGCGGGGCAACCUGUCGCGGUUGAAGAACUUGGCCUUGGAUUUGAAUCAGGAAAUCGACAGUCAGAACGAUCUGAUCGACGACAUCUCCGAUCGGGUCGAGGAUGUCGACGUGAAGAUCGUCAAGCAGAAUAAGGACAUGAACCGGUUGAUGCGAAAGUAAGCGUAAGGUCCCACCAAAAAACACAAGCAACAGCGCCACGGUACGACGUCGACGGUAGACGAUCCUUUUUUGUACUAGUAUCUUGCGCCAAUCCCUUAGCCACCUAGUAGCGGACCACGGACGGAGAUGCCGGGCGCGUGUGGAGCUAGCAAUAGUGCGGCCAUUUUUUGGGUAUAUUAUGUGUACAGUAUUUGCCAGCCAGCCAGCCAGCCGGGUGGUCACAACCGGUGCUGUGUGUGUGUGUGCGUAGGCCGGAUUCCUUUCGUGCGUACGAUGAAGUGAGCAAGAGGAUUCGGAGUUGUUAUUUCUG